AUGGAUAAAGAAUACUCGGCACCGAACUUCUUAGUUGAAUCCUCAGGCCGUAACGACGAUAAUAGUCCCGGUAUGGUAGACUAUAUGUUCAAUAGAAACCUUCAACAACAAAAGCAAUCGAUGCCUCAGCAGCAUCAACUGUCUACGUCCGGACUUGGAGCAACGCCUUCUUUUGAUAAAAUGAGCUUCGCAGACGUGAUGCAGUUUGCGGACUUUGGUCCGAAACUGGCCUUGAACCAGACCAGGAACCAAGACGAUCAAGAAACCGGGAUUGAUCCGGUUUACUUCUUGAAGUUCCCAGUCUUGAAUGAAAAGAUAGAUGACCAUAACCAAACCCAGCAUCUCAUGUCUUCUCACCAGACGGCUCAAGAAGGAGGUGAGUGUGAAGGAAACAAUAUUGGAAACGUGUUUCUUGAUGAAAAGGAGGAUCAAGAUGAAGACAACGACAACAACUCCGUGCAACUUCGUUUUAUUGGAGGAGGAGAGGAAGAAGAUAGAGAGAACAAUAAGAAUGUUACGUUAAAGGAGGUUAAGAGCAAGAGGAAGAGAGCUCGAACAAGCAAGACCAGCGAAGAAGUAGAAAGCCAGCGAAUGACUCAUAUCGCGGUAGAGAGGAACCGUAGGAAGCAAAUGAACGAACAUCUUCGUGUCCUUAGGUCUCUCAUGCCUGGCUCCUACGUUCAAAGGGGAGACCAAGCGUCGAUCAUAGGAGGAGCAAUAGAAUUCGUGAGAGAACUAGAGCAACUCCUACAAUGUUUGGAAUCACAAAAGCGUCGGAGAAUCCUCGGAGAAACCGGUAAUAGGCAAAUUGGGGACAUGACGACGACAACGACUUCUUCUUCUUCCCCCAUAACGUCGGUUGCUAACCCGCUGAUUAUUACCGGAAAUGUAACCGAAUUAGAGGGUGGAGGAGGAGGAGGGCUUCGGGAGGAGACAGCGGAGAACAAAUCGUGUUUGGCAGACGUGGAGGUGAAGCUGCUAGGGUUUGACGCCAUGAUCAAGAUACUUUCAAGAAGAAGACCAGGACAAUUGAUUAAGACUAUAGCUGCUUUGGAGGAUCUUCAUCUCUCAAUUCUUCACACUAACAUCACUACAAUGGAACAAACCGUCCUCUACUCCUUCAAUGUCAAGAUUACAAGUGAAACGAGGUUUACAGCAGAAGACAUUGCAAGUUCCAUCCAACAGAUUUUUAGUUUUAUUCAUGCAAAUACCACUAUGUUACAAUGGAUUUACGAAGAAAUUAUGUGCAUGGGUUACGGAGAUGCAUCUCAAUCUCAGAAGGCGUUAAGAAGGAAUUKGAUCGUGAUUCUUWRAUCUCUGGAAAGAUCACGGAUUCUAGUUUCUACAMCUUCUUUCSGAUUCCAAUUACGAGUGAACUUUCGGGGRGAUUUUCCGGCGAUCCGUGAGGAGUUAGGCGACGAUCUAUAUACCGUUAGAAAGAGGAUUCUUCGUAGAUUCUGGAGCUCUUUUCCGAUUUGGAUUAUGAGAGCUAACUUUGGAGGAAGGUGUAUGCCGAUACAGAACGAGUUAGAUUACGAUUUUGGUAUCGUUGGAAACCUGACGUUACAAGGAUUUCAGAUCAAGUUUCGGUUUUCCAGUCCGAUCUAA